AUGACCGACCAUGAUGCUAACGGAGCUCCGGCCGCCCGCGUCAAGUCUUCCGCUUCGACCAUCGGUGAUCAUGUUUAUCCCCAUGGUCACCUUGGACACCUGAACCCAGGCCAGGAGGAAGCCUUUGUUCAAUUCAAAAAGGUCCUCGAGGAGCGGGGCCUGCUGAAACGCGGCCCUCCUGCUUCUCACGACGACCCUCUGUUGCUGCGGUAUCUGCGCGCGCGACGAUGGGUGGUUGAGGAUGCCUACCAGCAAUUCAAGGACACGGAGGAAUGGCGCAAGGCCAAUGACCUUGAUGUGCUUUACAACACCAUUGACCUCGACGCCUACGAGCAGAGUCGUCGUCUGUACCCCCAAUGGACAGGCCGUCGCGAUCGUCGCGGAAUCCCCGUCUACGUCUUCGAGGUGAAGACUCUCGACAACAAGACCGUCCACGAGUACGAAAAGGUCGGCGCUUCCACCACCUUCUCCCAGGCCAAGGCCGAUGGCAAGACUCCUUCUGGUCUGUUACGCCUGUUUGCGCUAUACGAGAACCUGACCCGGUUCAACAUGCCCUUCUGCACCCAGCUGCACGACCGUGAACACCCCGAGGUGCCCAUCACGCUGAGCACCAACAUUGUCGACAUUUCGGGAGUCGGGCUCAAGCAGUUCUGGAACCUGAAGCAGCAUAUGCAGGCUGCGUCGCAACUCGCCACGGCGCACUACCCCGAGACGCUGGAUCGCAUCUUCAUCAUUGGCGCACCCGUCUUCUUCAGCACUGUCUGGGGCUGGAUCAAGCGCUGGUUCGACCCCAUCACCGUCUCCAAGAUCUUUAUCCUGGGCAACCAUGAAGUAAAGUCUGUCCUUGAGCAGUACAUCGAGCCUCGAAACAUUCCUAAGAAGUACGGUGGCGAGCUCGACUACACUUUUGGACAGCUGAGCAUUCCUGACCCGCACUGGGAUGGCAUUGUGAAGUGGGAGAAUGGUUACAAGGGCUUCCCCAGUGGGCCGCUCUUGUGGGAGGACAUCGAAGGCGACAGGUUGGCUUGUGUCGCCCGAGGAUAUAAGGGUGGCCAGCCCCGGAAUGAGAGAGUCUGCACUAUCCCCAAGACCUUUAGUGUCGCGCCCGUGGAGGCCAAGACCAAUGGCGUCAAUGGCGUCAGCACUGGAACAGACGCUCAUGACCAUGACAUCGCAGAAGGAACGCAAACCACAAGAGUCGAGACCCACGACGACGGCGUCCAAACCGACGACGCCCUCAUGAACGACGUCCAGGAGAAGCUCAAGAUCCAGGACGACAAGCCUGCCGCUGCGCAGACAACCACGGCAUAA